UUUCGGCCGAUCUCUGGUGUCGGCAGAUCGCCCCUCUUCGUCCCACCCCUUCCAACCGAGUAUAUAGUCCUACCGGGGGACUUUCCAGCUCGCAGAUUCUCGUUUCCACCUCGGACAUGGCACACGUCAAGAUUUUACUUUUGGGAGCUUUAAUGGCAUCCGCGGCCGCCGAUUACAGCGGAGGUGUCGGAACGACAUACGGCGUGCCAUCAGGAGGUGGUGAUUUCGGUGGAGGAUAUCCUAGCUAUUCUUCGGGUGGCGAUUUCGGCCAUGGGGGAGGCGGCAGCUACAGCUCCGGAGGUGGCGGAGGAGGCUACGGAGGUGGCCACCACGAAGAACACCAUGAGGCUAAACCAUACGAAUUUGGCUACUCAGUGAAAGACCAUCACCACGGAACCGAUUUCGGCCAGCAGGAGUCGAGCGAUGGCCACAAUGUCAAAGGACAAUACAGAGUCGUGCUUCCCGACGGUAGGACGCAAAUCGUGACAUACCACGCAGACUGGAAGACCGGUUUUCACGCAGACGUUAAAUACGAAGGCGAGGCUCAUUACCCGGAACCCACCGGACAUGGACACGGACAUGGCGGAGGAGGCGGUGGAAACGGAGGCGGAUACCAGUACCCAGAUCCACAUGAAUUCACCCAAGCAGAUUUCGGACACUCCACCGGCGGCUACAAGAGAUGAGACUUACAAACUUACGAACGGACAACGACCUCGCGACCUUAUAUUGUAAUUGUUAAUAUAUAAAUUAUGUUUAUUUUCUAAAA